UCCUUCCAUCAAGUUUAGCGCCGCUGGUCACUACACACAUGUAUACCGAGCAUUGUCCCGAGUAAUCACUACAUAAAAACCAACCUGACAAUUCCCUCGUUCAAAUUCAAUCCACUUUUCAAGGUCAUGUCAUCUCCUAGCAAUUCCAACGCUCAGUCUAGUGAUGCAUCAUCUGUGUCCACUUCGGACACAUCAUCUCUUCGUGAACGAGCAGUCUAUGAAGCGUCCGGCGAUGACGACUCAUCUGUCUUUACUGUGAUAGGAGAUUUGGACACCACCGUGACCCCUAGCCCUGUCGGUUCUCAAUCAGACUUGUCGGGUUCUUUAGAACAAAGCAUGUCUGAGGCCCGUCUUCGUCAACUAUACGAUGAGGAAGAGAUUGAACGUUAUCUCCGCUUGUUUUCUGCUUAUGUGACGGAAGUGAGACUACCAGGUGCUUUGCGUAACAUCAAGGCCAAGCCAUCAAGUAGCUCUCUCCACCUUCCCCAGUUACCAAAACCACCCCCACUCCCUCCACGACCAUUUGCUCGUAAUAUCUCUGAACAAACAGAGCCGCCUACACUUCUUCCAUCCACUAUUCCUCCAGCACAAGCGGAUCCCUCCUGGUCCGAACAUAUUGCCAUCAAAUAUAUACUACCAGCUCUUCCACCAAUGCCUCAUCCACCACCAUCCUUCUCUUUAAAGCGCCUGAAACUUACUAGCCAGCGUUUUUUCCUCGCAGUAGUUCCUCCUUACCAGACUUUCUUCCUCUCCAUGGCAAAUUUAGCAUUAUGGAAGGACCCACAACGUAGCGGACUAUAUUGCGCGGUAAGCAGGCUGUUACUUUUGGAAAUCGAUAUAUUCACCAACAUCCAGGCGUUCUGGGGACUAUGGCUGUAUGAUCUCCUUCUUCCGGCGAUGAUGUUUGGAAUUUUGUGGGAGAUGCUCAGCCGGAGACUUUUCCCGUAUCCCACUUUAGAAUCUUUACAGAUGCGGAGAAAAGAUUCUGAACGUGCCAGGGAGUUCGGAGACGAAGUUCAGGAACGCCUAUCGGCACCUUCACUGGGACCCAAGGAUAUAUUUCAGUUCCUCAAAUCUCACAGACCCACAGCAAAAAGUAAAACCAAGCCCCUUCCCAAGGACACAGGGGUGCUUCAAACGAGUUUAACUGGCGAUGGUGGCGAGGAUGAAGCGGCUACUGUUCUCGAUGGUGAUACCCAAGAGGAGCAAGACAUCAAACGAGAACUCCUGCACGUUCUCAAUACUGUCGCUGAUAUCCACGAACGUAUUAAAAACGUUUUCAUUUGGAGACGACCAGCAGUCUCCCGAAGAUAUGCAAUCAUUUUGGCUGUUGUAACCUGCUGCACCUUGAUCAUUCCCGCGCAUUACCUAGCAAAACUUGUAUAUGGCAGCUGCGGGUUAUUGUUCUGGCAUGUCAUUCCUGUGUUAGCUGCUCUACCACCAGGCGCUCGAGCCAGACUGCCCGGUCCGUUGGCUGAUGCCCCCACCGAUGCCGACUAUGCUAUAGAAAUAAUUACACAAAGGAUUGCCAGGGGCGAGGAAAUCAAGCCUCCGCGCAAGCCUCAUUCUUCGAGUCCUCGUGCUAAUAGCGCAAACGAAGCCGAUCUUUCGGCGAUCCCGACUCCCGACGCAUCAUCCAGAAGCCAAAUGCAAACUAAUGAUGGUGUUGAUUGGAAGAAGUGGGGAUCCCGUAUCGCGCACGGCAAGUCACUGCUUAGUGAAGGCAAACAACGCUUUUCUUCUGGACAAGUGAAUACGGUCGGCCUGACGUCCGCAACUUUACGAGAUGAAGACACACAUACAUAUCCUGCACACCACACUUCAGCGCCUGGUCUAAUCACACUGACUACUACUACAGUAUACUUCACAACACUCGCAUCACAACAAGCCAAAUUAAUUAUACCUCGCGGGAACCUCUGCGGCGUGAAGAAAACCGGUUUGAUGAAAGGGCUUCUGAUUUCCUGGGUUGACGGCGAAGAAGGUCACGGAAAAGAAAUAGAAGAGAAGUUCCACUGGGUCGGCAAUCGAGAUGAGCUUUUCGCGCGCCUUCUUGGCCCAGAUGGUGCCCGAUGGAUGCGAAUCUGAAGCUCGAGAGUCGACGCGUUAGUGGCUGAAUUAAAACUCAGAGAGCUCCGCGCAAAGGACCAUACCAUGAACGACAUACGCUUCCCCCCUCCCUCAUAAUUUAUUCGGUCUCUUUUCCUCUAUCCGU